AUUUUUUAACCCUGAAGGCGAACCACCAAAAUCAGUGGGGCAAACGUCGGGGAACAUUUGCAAGGUUUUAUUAAAAAGGGGUAAGAGUACAAAAGAAGAGGGAGACUAGACCAAAACCUCUUCCGAAAGGGCAUUCCCUUUCAACGAACAUAAAAAAUCGAAAAGAUAGACCAAAACCUCUUCCGAAAGGGCGUUCCCAAAUACUUGAUUGGCAAUUCAGCGUCAGACAUGCCUAGCAAUAUGGAAAUAAUCCCAAACCUGGCUUUUCUUCCAUAGGUAAAGGUACUCUUUUGCCAGUUAACAGAUUGUCCAGAAGCCAAUUGAUAAGAUUUCAAAUACUUGCUAAAGUUGACCAAGGAUCUUGUGCUCCCAUUGAGGAAAAUCAGCAAGUCAUCUGCAUAUCCUAAAUGGGAUAUGAGGUGACCUACUGCACCCAUCCAAUACUGCUUAAUAGAUCCAUUCUCCAUGUGCCAUUUCAGACCUCUUGAAAAAGCCUCAGAGGUAAGAAUAAAAAGGAAGGGUGAAAGUGGAUCACCGUGCUUCACCCCACGCUUAUGCUUGAAAAAACCUGUUGGCACACCAUCAACUAAAAUAGACAUAUAAGUAGCCUUCAGAUUAUUCAGAAUGACCCGUAUAAACCUUUGUCUCAACAGCAUACAGAAUGACCUGUAUAAACCUUUGUCUCAACAACAUACAGGCCAGAAAAGAAUGAAGUAGCAGCUUCCCCAAUUUCAGAUUGAGAAGUAACCAUCUGACCCCUAUCAUUGGCGAUGGCAGAAAUGGCUUGCUUUCUGUGUCUAAUUUUAACAUAAGAAUGAAAGAAACUAGUAUUAGCAUCCCUUUCCUUGAGCCAUUUAAUGUGUGCCUUCUGCUUCCAAACUUUCUCCAAACCCAUCCAUUAGAUCUCACCCCUGACCAUGUGAAAUGAGGACCCGGGAAGGAAGGCUGUAUUAGGUUACAAGCAGCAAUACAGUCAGAAAACUCUGUAAUACUCCUUAGAUUUGGCAUUGAUCUUCCUUUAUGCUCAUUGUGUGUUGCAAUGGCGUUGAAGUCUCCACCCACCAACCAAGGUUCCGUAAUAGUACUAAAAAUAAUACUUGUAUAUUUUUCUCAGUUUUGGAUAAGGUUUGACAAUAAACACAACCUUUUGCUUUUAGAAGAAGGAUCACAACCUUUAUUUCUAAAGGUGUCUUUUGGAUGUAGAGUCUCCUGGCAAGAGCUCUAUAUAUACACAUGGUUGCCUCCAUUAACGUUGCAUCUUUGAGUUUGUAGGUGUCCUUUUCGGGAACGUAAAGACCGAGACGAUUGCAACUUGUGUUGUGGGUAACUUCGUCUUAAGGAAACAAUGAUUUGUUGGGCUCGGUUUCAUCCAGGCGUCAGCAUGGAUGUUUCCAAUUUUGCCGCGCUGAAGAAGAAGCUGGUCAAGGAGCCGAAGAAGAAGAAGGAGACGGGGGUUCAGAAAUCCGUCGAUGAGUUCUUCCGGAAGGAUGGAGCUGUGCAGGUGCCGGAGGGUGAGGGACCCUCCCAAGCUGUCGGCACCGGUGCCGGUGCCGGGGGUUCCCAGGCGGAGCCCAAAAGGAAACAUUCCGGGAAGGGCGUGAUGCCUCCGGAGAAGAAGAAAAAGAAAGGGGGGCACGAGAAGAAGGACGCCCCCCUCGUCGUCGUCGAAGAGCACUCUUCCUCCUCCCCCUCAGCAAGUGCUCUUCCUCCCCCCGGGGACCCAGGCAACAGCUUGGCUUGGCCCCGGGAAGAUGUGCGGUUCUCUAUUACCAAGGGAACUGCCAUUAUGCACGGCACCCUCAGCCCGAGGGAGUUCCUAAAGGGUGCCACGCCCCCGACUGACAAGGCGGUGCUGUCGAGGGCCAAGGAUGAUGCCCUCAGUGCCAAGGUGCUCCAAGCCUCCGUCACUGCUGCCCUCGGUCUUGGAGAGCUGCUCCAAAGGAUGGAGCAAUAUCAGGCGCAGAAGCGCCAGGCUGAUGAGGCCCUGGCAGAGUCCCGGCGGCAACUCCAGGAGGUCCAAGAAACCCUUCGGCUGGAGAAAGAGGCGUUCAACAGCAUUCUUGAAAAUAAUAAAGUGAUCCCCAGAGCCGAAGGGAAGGCCGACGCAGAGAGGGCCGCUGCCGAAGCCGCCAAGGUUGCCGCCGAGGAGGCAGAGGCAGCCAAGAAGGUGGUUGUCGCCGAGGCGGAGAAGCACACCGUUGCCGCCUUCGCUGCUGGGGGCUGGAAGGCCGAGGACCGGAAGGAAUGGGUGGCCUCGGUCAUAGGACAGGGGGUGGAUGCCUGGGUGAAGGGCCCCGGCGCCGAGUGGCUAGCCCGAAAGGGCAAGGAUUAUUAUGAUGGUGGUGAAUUCUUCACCCAGAAGCUGAUCUACCGAAGGCUAGCCCGGCACCUGAAAAUCGAUCUGAAGGAGUUUGACCCUGUAGCUCACGGGCUUCCCCCCUUGCAGCCGGAUGUCAGAGUUCCUCUUCCAGAAGGUGAAGAGAGGCCGGAUCUCGAGGACUCCGAGCUAAUGGGCGAGGGCGACGACGAAGAAGCCGAAGAUGAUGUGGCCUCAAAGGCGAAGGAAGAUGCAGCUGAGGAAGCUCAAAAAUAGGAUUUGUUCUAAGUGUAGCUUUGUAAUAGCCCGCAUUUUUCGGCCUCGGCCAUGUAUUGUAAUCAAAACAUGUUUUGUCACUUUGAAUAUUUCUUUUCUUAAUGGUGAAUGCUUUGCCUCCGGGCUUUUUUGGAAUGAAUUGCUUCCUCUUCGUUUUGAAUUUGAAUAUAUGCC